AUGGCCGAUCAAAUUGAAACUCUCGAGGAUCGAAUUUCAAAGGGUAUUAAUGCAUUUCGUCAAGCCAAAAAUCCUAAAAUCGCCCCGUUGGCGCGGGAAUUCAGGGUUCCGUACCAGCUACUACGCGCCCGUAUCCACGGGCGCGGUAGUAAAACCAAUGCUACAAGCGCCAAAAGACCUUAA